GGGGAGGCCUUUCCGGGCCUGCGGCGGCCAGCGCAAAAUGCGGCGGCGGCCGCGCUGAGUCCCGACCUCCGGGAGCGCGCUGGGCCGAAGUGGCCCGCGCCGCGGCCGCCUAGGCGACAUGUCGGCGGCCAAGGAAAACCCGUGCAGGAAAUUUCAGGCCAACAUCUUCAACAAGAGCAAGUGUCAGAACUGCUUCAAGCCCCGCGAGUCGCAUCUGCUCAACGACGAGGACCUGACGCAGGCUAAACCCAUUUAUGGUGGCUGGCUGCUCCUGGCUCCAGAUGGCACUGACUUUGACAACCCAGUGCAUCGCUCUCGGAAAUGGCAGCGACGAUUCUUCAUCCUGUAUGAACAUGGCCUCUUGCGCUAUGCCCUGGAUGAAAUGCCUACCACCCUCCCUCAGGGCACCAUCAACAUGAACCAGUGCACAGAUGUGGUGGAUGGGGAGGCCCGCACAGGGCAGAAGUUCUCCCUCUGCAUUCUGACGCCUGACAAGGAACAUUUUAUUAGGGCAGAGACCAAGGAGAUCAUCAGUGGGUGGCUAGAGAUGCUCAUGGUGUAUCCCAGAACCAACAAGCAGAACCAGAAGAAGAAACGGAAAGUAGAGCCACCCACCCCACAGGAGCCUGGCCCUGCUAAGAUGGCUGUCACGAGCAGCAGUGGCAGCGGUGGCAGUGGUAGCAGCAGUAGCAGUAUUCCCAGUGCUGAGAAAGUCCCUACCACCAAAUCCACACUCUGGCAGGAGGAAAUGAGAGCCAAAGACCAGCCUGAUGGGAACAGCCUGAGUCCAGUUCAGAGUCCCAGCCAAAGCCUGCCUCCUGCUGCUUGUACCCCACGGGAAGCAGGGCUAGAAAACAAAGAAGAUGAAAGCACCAUGAGUGGGGACCGUGUGGAUGGUGGUCGGAAAGUACGGGUAGAGAGCGGCUACUUCUCCCUGGAGAAGGCCAAGCAGGACCUGAGGGCUGAGGAGCAGCUGCCCCCACCACUGUCCCCACCCAGCCCCAGCACCCCACACAGCAGGUAUGGUUGUCCUGGAUCGCCUUCACAGGAACUCGGCCACCCCCUUCAUUCCCCAGGUCUUCCAGCCCUAAGCCGCAUGGUCUACAGCAUCUGCCCUGACAGCCUCGGUGAGGCCAUCAGGCCACCCAACCACAUGGACUCCAGCAGUGCUGGGGGGUGGGGAUCAGAGAUACUGGGGAGCACCUUUGCCUUUAAAGCCAGCAGGCAGUAUGCCGCCCUGGCCGACGUCCCUAAGGCCAUCCGGAUCAGCCAUCGAGAAGCCUUUCAGGUGGAGAGAAGGCGGUUGGAGCGUAGGACUCGGGCCCGGAGCCCUGGCAGGGAAGAGGUGGCCCGUCUGUUUGGCAACGAGCGGAGGAGGUCCCAGGUAAUUGAGAAAUUUGAGGCCUUGGACAUUGAAAAGGCAGAGCACAUGGAAACCAACGUGCCGAUUAUGACCACUCCAUCAAGUGACACUCGUCAGGGCCGCAGUGAGAAACGGGCCAUCCCUAGAAAGCGGGACUUUGCCAGUGAAGCCCCCACAGCUCCUCUCUCAGAUGCUUGUCCCCUGUCUCCACACCGAAGAGCCAAGUCAUUGGACAGGAGGUCCACAGAAUCCUCCAUGACGCCUGACCUACUGAAUUUCAAGAAAGGCUGGCUAACCAAGCAGUAUGAGGAUGGCCAGUGGAAGAAACACUGGUUUGUCCUGGCUGAUCAGAGCCUGAGAUACUACAGGGAUUCCGUGGCUGAGGAGGCAGCUGACCUGGAUGGGGAAAUUGACUUGUCCACCUGUCAUGAUGUCACCGAGUACCCAGUCCAGAGAAACUAUGGCUUUCAGAUACAUACCAAGGAGGGUGAGUUCACCCUGUCGGCCAUGACAUCUGGCAUACGACGGAACUGGAUCCAGACCAUUAUGAAACAUGUGCUCCCAGCAUCUGCCCCAGAUGUGACCAGCUCAUUGCCUGAGGAAAAGAAUAAAAGCACAUCUUCUUUUGAGACCUGCCCACGGCCAAAUGAAAAGCAAGAAACUGAGCCAGGAGAGCCAGAUCCUGAGCAGAAGAAGAGCCGUGCUCGAGAGCGGAGGCGGGAGGGCCGCUCCAAGACAUUUGACUGGGCUGAAUUCCGCCCCAUCCAACAGGCCCUGGCUCAAGAAAGGGCCAACACUGUGGGAUCCUCUGAUGCUGGUGAACCUGGGCGUCCUGAAGCCGAGCCAGGUGAGCUGGAGCGUGAACGAGCUCGACGGCGAGAAGAGCGCCGCAAACGCUUUGGGAUGCUGGACACCGUUGAUGGGCCAGCUAUGGAGGAUACAGCCCUACGUAUGGACAUAGACCGGAGCCCAGGUCUGCUGGGACCCCCUGACCUCAAGACGCAGAAUGUCCAUGUGGAAAUCGAGCAGCGGUGGCACCAAGUGGAGACUACCCCUCUGAGGGAGGAGAAACAGGUGCCUAUUGCCCCUCUGCACCUGUCCUUGGAGGACAGAAGUGAGCGGCUCUCCACUCAUGAGCUCACGUCUCUGCUAGAGAAGGAGCUGGAGCAGAGCCAGAAAGAGGCCUCGGAUCUUCUAGAGCAGAACCGGCUUUUGCAGGACCAGUUAAGGGUGGCCCUGGGCCGAGAGCAGAGUGCCCGGGAGGGCUAUGUGCUUCAGACUGAAGUGGCCACCUCCCCAUCGGGUGCCUGGCAGAGGCUCCAUAGAGUCAACCAAGACCUACAAAGUGAGCUGGAAGCUCAGUGCCGGCGGCAAGAGCUCAUCACGCAGCAGAUUCAGACCCUGAAACAUAGCUAUGGGGAGGCCAAGGAUGCAAUCCGGCACCAUGAGGCUGAGAUUCAGACCCUGCAAGCAAGACUUGGUAAUGCAGCUGCAGAGCUGGCUCUUAAAGAGCAGGCUUUAGCCAAGCUCAAGGGUGAGCUGAAGCUAGAGCAGGGCAAAGUUCGUGAGCAGCUGGAGGAUUGGCAGCACAGCAAGGCUGUGCUGAGUGGCCAGCUGAGGGCCAGUGAGCAGAAACUCAAAAGUACAGAAGCUUUGCUGCUGGAGAAGACCCAGGAACUGAGGGACCUAGAAACACAGCAGGCAUUGCAUCGGGACCGACAGAAGGAGGUGCAGAGGCUGCAGGAAUGCAUUGCUGAGCUCAGCCAGCAGCUAGGUACCAGUGAGCAGGCCCAGCAGCUGAUGGAGAAGAAGUUGAAGAGGAACUAUACAUUGUUGCUAGAGAGCUGUGAGCAGGAGAAGCAGGCACUGUUGCAGAACCUGAAGGAGGUAGAGGACAAGGCCAGUGCCUAUGAGGACCAGCUCCAAGGCCAUGUGCAGCAGGUGGAGGCCCUCCAGAAAGAGAAACUGAGUGAAUCAUGCAAAGGCAGUGAGCAGGUGCACCUGCUAGAGGAAGAACUGGAAGCCCGGGAAGCUAGCAUCCGCCAGUUAGCCCAGCAUGUACAGAGCCUCCACGAUGAACGGGAUCUCAUCAAGCAGCAGUUUCAAGAGCUCAUGGAGCGUGUGGCCACAUCUGAUGGGGACGUGGCUGAGCUCCAAGAGAAGCUGAGGGGAAGAGAAGCUGACUACCAGAACCUAGAGCACUCACACCACAGAGUCUCUGUCCAGCUGCAGAGUGUGCGCACUCUGCUCAGAGAAAAGGAAGAGGAGCUAAAGCACAUUAAGGAAGCACAUGAGAGAGUUCUAGAAAAGAAAGACCAAGACCUCAAUGAGGCUUUAGUUAAAAUGAUUGCCUUGGGCAGCAGCUUAGAGGAAACAGAAAUUAAGUUGCAGGAAAAGGAAGAGUGUCUAAGGAGAUUUGUAAGUGAUUCUCCAAAGGAUGCCAAAGAGCCUCAGAGUACAGCAGAGCAAACAGAGGAGGACAGUGGCAUUUUUCCCCUAGGUUCAGUUACCAGAGUAUUUCCAGGCUUUCCCCACUCACAGCCAGAGGAUGAAGACCCAGGUGCUGGCCUAGGGGAGGAGUGUAGUAGUGGUAGCCCCAGCAGAGAGGAGAACAUGGUACCCCCAAAGUCUGUGGAUGUGCCUGACAGGGAGGGGCAUCUGCAAAGCACCUCUAAGUCUGACCAGGGAGCACCUGUAAAAAGGCCAAGAAUCCGGUUCUCCACGAUCCAGUGCCAAAGAUAUAUACACCCUGAGGGGUGUGCAAAGGCCUGGACUAGCAGCACGUCAUCAGACACCAGCCAGGACCAGUCACCCUCAGAAGACAGUGUGUCCUCAGAAGCUACCCCUAGCACACUCCCUGCAGCGGCAGAUGCUGAAACAUACAUCUCUAUAAUCCACUCCCUGGAGACAAAGCUCUUUGUCACAGAGGAGAAGCUCAAAGACGUGACCGUGAGGCUGGAGAGCCAGCAGGGCCAGAGUCAGGAAGCAUUACUUGCAUUGCACCAGCAGUGGGCUGGCACUGAGGCCCAGCUGCGGGAGCAACUCCGUGCCAGCCUGCUGCAGGCUAGUGCACUGGCCUCUCAGCUAGAGCAGGAGAGACAGGAGAAGGCCACAAACGUUGAACAUCACCCUGGGGAGCUGGAAGACUUCCAAGCCAAAAAUAGCCAAGCCCUAUCAUGCUUAGAAAACUGCUGGAAAAAGCUGAGGUCUCUGCCAUUUGCUGACCAGGAGGAGGGACAGGAUGCAUGUGCAGCCUCCCUGGCUAACAUAGAGAGUAUGCUUGUGAGUGCUAUAAAGGCCCUUCAGCCGUGGGCAUCCCCAGCAGACAGCAGGACACAGACUGAGCAAGAGAAGGGGCACUCCAUGGAAAGUAGCCUGGCAACCCCUGUGCAGCAGCCCUGCCAGCCCAUAUUGAAUGAGCAGGAACAUAGGAAGUUGCUUUCUGCUCAGAUAGUCCUGGAGGCCUCACUUAUCAACCAAAUAGCUGACUCUCUAAAGAAUACCACUUCAGAUGUGUAUGGUGUUCUCCGUGAGCUUACUCAGUCAGGGGAGUGGCCACUGAAGGAAGAAAGUGCUGCCCUCUCUGCUGGGGCUCCGGUGGAGAUCUGGGCCAAGAAGGUGCUGGUGAAUGGUGAGUUCUGGAGCCAGGUCGAAUCCCUAAGCAAGCACCUAGGAACACUGGGAGAAGCAGCAGCCUGCACAUCCGGAGACAGGCAGCAGCAUAUCCCCCAGAGUUUGGCUGAUGCCACAUGGAUUCGUGCAGAGCUCAGCUAUGCCACACAGUCAUUAAGAGAAUUGUUCCACCACAGGCUACAGAGCAUACAGGAGACCCUACAGGGGACCCAAGCAGCCCUGCAGCAGCACAAGUGCAUGCUGGGAGAGAUCUUGAGAGCCUACCAAACCCCAGACUUUGAAAGAGUAAUACAGCAGAUCUUAGAAACUCUCAGGCAUCCAACUGGCAGGGAGGACCAGGUACAGACAUCCUGGGACCAGAGCCCAUUAGGAGAGGUACUGAGGCCAGGCACAGAUGGCUCCCAAGAGCCUUUGCAGGCUCUCCAUCAGAGCCCUGAAGUCCUUGCUGCCAUUCAGGAUGAGCUGGCUCAGCAGCUAAGGGAAAAGGCUAGCAUCCUGGAGGAGAUUUCAGCUGCCUUACCAGGCCUGCCUCCCACAGAGCGACUUGGGGGUUGCCAGAGGCUUCUGCAGAUGUCCCAGCAUCUCUCGUAUGAUGCUUGUCUAGAGGGCCUUGGUCAGUAUUCUUCAUUACUGGUUCAAGAUGCAAUUAUUCAGGCUCAAGUGUGCUAUGCAGCAUGCAGAAUUCGGCUGGAGUAUGAAAAGGAGUUGCGAUUUUAUAAAAAGGCCUGUCAGGAGGCCACGGGGGGCUCUUGCCAGAAGCGUGCACAAGCGGUUGGGGCCCUGAAGGAGGAGUAUGAAGAACUUCUCCACAAGCAGAAGAGUGAGUACCAGAAGGUGAUCACCCUCAUUGAGAAGGAAAACACUGAGCUCAAGGCCAAGGUGAGCCAGAUGGACCAUCAGCAGAGAUGUCUACAAGAAGCAGAAAGUAAACACAGUGAAAGCAUGUUUGCCCUGCAGGGCAGGUAUGAGGAGGAGAUCAGGUGCAUGGUGGAGCAGCUGAGCCACACCGAGAACACACUGCAGGCUGAGCGUAGCCGGGUUCUCAGCCAGCUAGACGCUUCAGUCAAAGACAGACAGGCCAUGGAGCAGCAGCAUGUGCAGCAAAUGAAGAUGCUGGAGGACAGGUUCCAGCUGAAGGUCCGGGAGCUGCAGGCUGUCCAUCAGGAGGAGCUGAGGGCCUUGCAGGAACACUAUCUAUGGAGCCUGCGGGGAGCCCUCAGCCUCUGCCAACCCUCACACCCAGAUUCCCCACUGGCCCCGAGGCCAUCUGAGGCCAGAGCUGUGCCAACAGCCAACGAUGAGGCCGAAUCCAUGACAGGGCUGCGAGAACGUAUCCAGGAGCUGGAGGCCCAAAUGGACGUCAUGCGAGAGGAGCUGGGCCACAAAGAGCUGGAGGGUGAUGUGGCCACCCUGCGGGAGAAGUACCAGCGGGACUUUGAGAGCCUCAAGGCUACAUGUGAGCGAGGUUUUGCCGCCAUGGAAGAGACACACCAGAAGAAGAUUGAAGACCUACAGAGGCAACACCAGCGGGAGCUGGAGAAGCUGCGGGAGGAAAAGGACCGCCUCCUGGCUGAGGAGACGGCUGCCACCAUCUCAGCCAUUGAAGCCAUGAAGAAUGCUCACCGGGAGGAGAUGGAACGGGAGUUAGAGAAGAGCCAACGGUCUCAGAUCAGCAGCAUCAAUUCGGACAUCGAAGCCCUGAGGCGGCAGUACCUGGAGGAGCUGCAGUCAGUGCAGAGGGAGCUGGAAGUCCUUUCGGAGCAGUACUCCCAGAAGUGCCUGGAGAAUGCACAUCUGGCCCAGGCGCUGGAGGCCGAGCGGCAGGCCCUGCGGCAGUGCCAGCGUGAGAACCAGGAACUCAAUGCCCACAAUCAGGAGCUGAAUAAUCGCCUGGCUGCGGAAAUCACACGGUUGAGGACACUACUGACUGGAGAUGGUGGUGGAGAGUCCACUGUGUUGCCACUCACGCAGGGCAAGGAUGCCUACGAAUUAGAGGUCUUGUUGCGGGUCAAAGAGUCAGAAAUACAGUACCUGAAGCAGGAGAUCAGCUCCCUCAAGGAUGAACUCCAGACAGCCUUGCGGGAUAAGAAGUAUGCUAGUGACAAGUACAAAGACAUCUACACAGAGCUCAGCAUUGCGAAGGCCAAAGCUGACUGUGAUAUCAGCAGGUUAAAAGAACAGCUGAAAGCAGCCACAGAGGCCCUGGGCGAGAAGUCUCCUGAGGGCACUACCGUGUCAGGAUAUGACAUAAUGAAAUCUAAAAGCAAUCCUGACUUCCUGAAAAAAGACAGAUCCUGUGUUACCCGGCAACUCAGAAACAUCAGGUCUAAGUCCGUAAUUGAGCAGGUCUCAUGGGAUAACUGAGUCGCGCCCGCUUCCAAGUCCCCUGUCAUAGUCUGAAGGAGGGCCUGACAGUGCAAGAGCGCUUGAAGCUCUUUGAAUCCAGGGACUUGAAGAAAGACUAGCUGCGGCCUGUUCCACCUGACACAUCCUUCCCAGCUGGUGGCAGCACAAGCCGAGUGUGGUUUUCAUCUGCAUCUGUGCUUUUCCCUGUUGCCGUCAUUACUGUGGGUAUGGAUGCAUGAGAGACUGCUGUGUGGGGUGUUGGCUCCAUUCCCUUCCCUGUUGACUCCCACUUCCCAGUAUCCUUAUCACUGCUUUUCACCGUGGUAUUCUCAGAUUAGUCACGCUCAAGCAGUAGUGGGGAGGGCUUCCCCACCGACAUCUGAGCAGGACCCCUUUGUCCUCCCCACACUCACUGUCAGUAUUAAGGCACAGCAGCCUGUUAAUAAGCUAGCCCUGCCUCGGAGUAGACAUGUGGGGACCUGCCAGUGGCUCCGCUCUACAGCACACAGCUGAGCACCACCCCUGCUGGUUAGAGCAGAGCCACCGAAUGUUCUAGUCUGGCCUGGUUGUUGAGGGGCCUUGGAUGGUGUCCAGCCUGCCCCCACUUCCUUUCGACCUGGGAGGACAGCAUUUUGUAUAUGGCCCACUGAUGCAGCUUAGAACCAUACCCCAGAUAAUCCUGGCAGGUCUUUCUCCACCUGGAAAAUGUUGAAAGCAACCAUUCCUAUUUUGGUUUUGUAUUAAAUCUUGCACAAAAGCCCCGGCCCUCUCCUUCCUUCCUCCGCUCGUGCCUCCCUUGGUAUGCUAACCCUGGCAGCUGGGAAUGGUGACCUGCAGCUGCACCUUCAGGCUUGUCAAGUGUGAUGAUCCCUCCCCUGGUCCUCAAGAGGAGACAAAUUGCUGGGGUUUAACCUGAGAAGUUGUCGGGGUUGCUUGGGGAAGGGAUGAGAGGAGACCUGUAUGUGAAGACAGGCUAGUAAGAACAGCAACAUGUGCUCAGGACUCUUGAUUUUUCUGAGCUCUGGAAGGUUCCCUUAAAGUGUCUGCUUCUCAUGGAGCCAUAAACUGGGAGCCUGUGCUAAACAAGUUUGCUCUUCUAGCUAGCUGAGCAGGACCUUUCUAACUACCUAAAGCAUUCUACAGUGUUUCUUUUAAAAACAAAAACUUAGAGGUUUCUGUUCUCAUUAAAAAAAACAUUUAUACCAUAAGAUGCAGCACACAAGAGAGUCCCCGUGUCUGAGGGGAGAGUCAGUGGCUUCACAACUACAUCCUGAUGUCCUGAGCCCCAGGUUCCUGGCUCAAGUUUCCACUCUGUUAGUAUUGAGAAGGUUAAGUGGUCUCUCCGUGCACAAGUUCAUCUCAUGUAUGAAUCCCCUCAGUCAUUCUACAUGAGUUAUGUUCAAGGUCAUCCACAGUGUCUAGCCAGCCUUGAAGUAGACAGGCAAAACCCGAAAGAUAACUGCGCUGUUUGUGACAUAUCCAAGUGUGCUUCUGCCCCACAGACAAGCUUUGGGCACAUCCCCUUUGCACAAGUUUUUACGUUCCUCACUAGCACAGCUACCAUUUGUGUUUUCAGCAUUGGGCAAGUCAGAUCUGUUGAAAACAAGCUGCUGCUGAAACUGUUUGGAGCUCACAGAGGGCCACGGAGCAGCAUGUGCCUGGCUGGGUUGCAGGGGCUUAGUCUGUGUUGAGGACUACUCUUCUCUCUGGUGUACUUCCUUUUCAGCUGUCCUGCUGCCCUUGGGGCCCUCUAGCCCCAGUACAAUCAUCUUCCUGCCGUGCCACAGAGCCUUCUGAAGAUGCCAAGCCUGUAGGUCAAAAGAACAUUUACUUUUUGCUCUUCAACUUAAAACCCUUGGAUAUGACCUUUGCUAAGUACAGUACCUGGGAGUCAGAGGGAAGGGCUGGGAGAUAAGCUGCAUCUAUCUCUUCUGCCACUCAAGCUUCCACUGAAAUUCCCCUUGCCAUGAUACAGCACACUCCACUCUAGGACUGAUUUCAUGUGUGGGUGUUUGGUGUGUUGGCCAGAUACUGAACUGGCACAAUACAGGGAUGCCUGGAUCAUCUCCCACCACCCAAGCACUCUGAGCAAUAACACGGGAUCAGGAUGCAUCUUGAGUUUCUUGGCAGUGACAUUUGGCAGAAGUGAACCAGGAAAGAAGCUGGUCUUCUGUGUCCCUGGUGGCCAUAUAGGCCCACUGCAGCAUUUUACCUUGGACUGCUGCUGUCCUCUGUCAAUUCCCUUCCCCCAAGCUGGGCUGGGCUCACUUUUGCCUGACCUCCUUACAGGCAUGCCAUUACCCCUAGAAAGAAGCUGAAGUUGGUGUAUUCCAGAGAGGAGGCAUCGAACGUACAAGUAGAGUUGGUCCAGCCAUCAGUAGAGGAGGAUGCUUGGCUGAGGAUGGGGUAGUGUAGAUGGGGUACAGGAAGACUCAGGCUGUUCCCAGCCCAGUCAGUGGCAUGCUUCCCUAUUUCAUGGUGGGAGCAGCAUUAAAAUGAAUAGACUUUAGAAUUUUAUUUUCUUUUUAUUUCUUUUAUUUUCUUAUACAUUUGUAAUCUGCCAGCAUCUGCAAGCAAACUGCCAUUACAGGGAACUACUUGACGUCAUUUGACAAAUGAUGUGAACACAUGCUUAAAUUCUAUCUUGCACCUGGUGUGGUGCCCAGCACCCGAGCAGAAAGCACAUCUGUCACACAGGGCUGCAGAUUCUCCAGUAUGGUUGUGUCCACAGAGCCAGGGCCAUAAUGGGAGGCCCACUGUUUCAGGGGGAGCAGAGGAGGCCAGAGCCUCAUAAAGUAGGGAAUCACCAGAGGGAAGAAGGCUGGGAGUGUGUGAAUUCACUGAGGGAAAGCUAAAGUCAGAGUUGAACCUCCACAGGAUCCAUCAGAACACUGAACUAGAUGUAGUGGUUUAUGUCUGUACUCCUAGCUGGACUAUGUAACAAGGCUCUGACUAAAAUACAGAUGGGCUAAGUAAGGGUGUAUAUAUAGCUUAAUAAUGCUAGAGCAACCGACCUAGCAUGUGUAAGGCCUAGGCUUCAACUACAGCAUUACAAAGAGCACCCUUGUGAACUUGAGAACAUGUGUCGAAAAAGGAGCCUGAGAGAGAUUUGACUAGGCAACCAAACUGGUGUAAAAGGUUUUGAUGGGAUGUGUACUACUGCUAACUUCCCACAGAGGGAGCUAGUGCACUGUCUUCUACCUGGUACUGCAGAGACCGGAACCCACUCCUCACCGCUGACACCUAGCUGGUGCUGAGAGAAGUGGCUGGAUACCACACAGCCUGCACUGUGUGUGUGAACCUGGGCAUCAGUGCAGAGCUUCCUGCAGGCCUGUCCCACACACCAAGUGGUCUUUCUCCUGAUCUCCAGCCAUACCCUGGCUUCCAAGAACAGACUGGAUAAGCACCCAGAGGCCCCAUGCAACCUGACAUCAGGGAGAACUCUGGGGUCCCCACUCCUGCCUCCAUGUGAGUAUUCAGUGCAAGCUGCACACCAGUCAGCUGGCAGCUACAGGUAGACUCAGCCCCCAAAUGCACAGUAACACCCUGUCCCCAGACUCUGCUGGUAGAGGGGACACUAGUUACCUCCCAGCUGACUGGCUGCACCUUGCAGAGCAAGAGGGUUAGCAUUUCUUGCUAUGCUGCAAAAACGUCACCUUCUCAGCUAGUAAUAGACGACCAGUGCAGGGCUGCAUACAGCCUUUCUCAAGGGAGCUCCCAGCAUAGCACAGGGGGGCACUUGACCUUUCCUGUAUAUCGGAGCAAGUAAUGUUAAGUAUUUCUAAGAUAUGACACAGGGAUUUCAGCGCAGGGUUGGUGUGAGCUUUUAAAACAUCUUGUCUAGACACCCCUUUAGGAGGUGUGUAGGGCAGUGUUGGAGUUAGCUAGAUAUGGUGGCUUACACAUUUACUCCAGCACUUGGGAGGCAAAGGCAGAAACAAGCUAAGUUCAAGACCAGCCUGGUCUACAUACUGAGUUCCAUAAGUAUCAGGGCUACAUAGUGAAAUCCUGUCUAAAAAUAAAACCCAAACAACAAAAAAGACGGAAUUAGUAACUAGUGUCUUUAAGGGUUGUACUUACUUGACAGAUGCUUUGCAGAGUAUCCCCUUAACCCACACUCAUGGCAAGCCCUUAGCAGUGCCCUGGUUCUUACUAAAAGCAUUCUGAGACUUGUGUAGAGUCACUCAAGAAAAACCAGGAAUAUGAAUGAGGACUUUUUGGCACCCAGCCUUCAGGCUUCUUAGUGUAUUUUGUUAGGGGAACUGGCUGGGGUCAUAGGCUGCUUCAGGUCCACGUGCCUAGCUUCUGACAGAGCUGCGGGGCUGGACUGUGUUCAGAGCAGCCUGGCCGCCAGUCUAUCCAGCUGCCUGGCUAUAUACAGCAUGGGAGUGCAGGAAGCUCCCUGGCUGUAUUUCUGUGACACUGGUAAGGAGCCAGCCCAUCAGUAGAGAGUUUAAAAACUGAAGGACUUCACAUCCUCUCCAGUUUCUGUGGGUCACAGGUGAGUCUGGUGCAGCUUCCAUGGUGGGGCAAGACUCCGUAGCCAGCCUUGGCCAUAAAGAGGUGCGUGCAGUUGUGAGAAUCCUAGCUGACAGCCCACUCCAGCUUGCCAGUCAACAUGCCCUUGGCUCAUCUCUCCUUUAGAAGUUAGCCAGACCACACAUCUAAUUUUAUUUUAGCUAGGAAUAGACUGUAAAGAACACUAAAUUCACUAUUAGUUUCCAUCACAAACUUCAAUUUAAAUGGAUUUUAAGUCACUUUAAGAUUUACCUUUGGUAUUAAUGCCAGGAUUCAAAACCAGUUCUGUGGUACUUAACCCAUGUGGCUUUCUGUAGGUGUGUUAUGUAGAAUAUCAAGCAUCCCAGUCACAGUGGCUCCUUGACAAUCAGAACUCUGGGUAACCUUCCAUUACAGUGCUUGACUGGGGCUGGGCUGCACGUCUGCAAACAGGCACCUCACAGGGCCACUUCGCAGCACUCACAGGCUUGGGCCAUCUCACCUGCUAUUUGGUUUCUGUUCUGAUACAUCAGUCUGGUUGCCAGACUGAAAAUUACAUGUAGAAGAAAAAUGGAGCCUCACCGAGCCAGGGAGGCUGUGAGCACAGCUUCCCAGAACAAGCUUAGGCCUCAGUGUAUGUGCACAGGGUGUGGCCUUCCAGCAGAUAAGGUGUCCCCAAAUCCUCAUUCAAACAUUUUAUGAUUCAGUGUGAGGUGUUUCCUACAAAGUUUGUGGUCAGGUGUUCACUACAAUUGAAAUGUUAAUUUGUAGAAAUAUUUAUUCCUUUGUGUGACAAGCUAGAGUCCUUGGCUGUAGCUAACCAUUUUUAUUGUGUAAAUACUGCUUGAUUUUACAUGAACUGUAUCAUAAUAAACUAUUUUUGCAUUGCCCUCUGCA